AUGAUGGAGGUGCUCGGCCGGCUCUCCCUCGGGAGGCUGCCCGCUCUCUGCCUGCUGCUGCUGUCCGCUCAGGCUCUCGGCCCUCCCCAAGUAAGCCGCCCCGUGGAGGAGAGGCAGAUGGCAAGACUGGGCCAGAUGGUGCGCCUGCCCUGCCCUGUGGAGGGGGACCCACCACCCCUGGUGCUGUGGGUGAAGGACGGUCGUAAUGUGAACCGUGGCUGGGGCCACUACCGGGUGCUGAAGAAUGGCCUCAAGAUCAAGCAUGUGGAGCUGGAAGAUGCUGGCGUGUACGUGUGCCGUGCCACCAAUGGCUUCGGCAGCAUUGCCCUCAACUACACUCUCGUUGUUGUGGACGACUCAGCAGACACACGGCGCCACUUUCCUCAUGGAGCAGAGGAGCCCAGCGCAGAUCUGACCCAGCAGGAGCCCACAGGACCACCCCUGGUGAGACCGCGCUUCAGUCAGCCCACCAAGAUGCGGCGCCGUGUCCUGGAGCAGCCCGUGGGUAGCUCGGUGAGGCUCAAGUGCUUGGCCAGCGGGAGCCCAGAGCCCAUCGUCACCUGGUGGAAAGACCACACCCAACUGGCAGUCCCGCGUCGGGGGCGGCGCCCUCAUUGGACCCUCACCCUGAAGAACCUGCAGCCACAGGACAGUGCCAAGUACACCUGCCACGUGUCCAAUGCGGCCGGGCACAUCAACGCCACCUACAAGGUGGACGUCAUUGAACGUACCAACUCUAAACCCAUCCUCACAGGAACCCACCCGCUCAACACCACUGUGGAGUUUGGUGGCACCGCCUCCUUCCAGUGUAAGGUGCACAGCGACGUCAAGCCCGUCAUCCAGUGGCUCAAACGAGUGGACCCAGGUGCCGAAGGACGCCACAACUCCACCCUGGAAGUGGGAGGGCAACACUUUGUGGUGUUGCCCACGGGGGAGGUGUGGUCCCGGCCUGACGGCUCCUACCUCAACAAACUAGCAAUUGUCAAGGCCCGCGAGGAAGAUGCUGGCAUGUACAUCUGCCUGGGGGCCAACACCAUGGGCUACAGCUUCCGUAGCGCCUACCUCACCGUGCUGCCAGACCCCCAGAUGGAGAACACAGUGACACCGCCACACCUGAACUCAGGCCUGCCAUGGCCACUGAUCAUCGGCAUCCCCGCAGCAGCUCUGCUCAUAGUGGGCACCAUUGUGCUCUGGUUGUGCCACAGCCGGCGGCGUCACGGCGUGCUGGCGCCUCGAGCGGCCGUCCCCAGCCACCGGGAUAAGGAUUCCACCACGACCUGCGCCACCACGCCUGACUUCCCCAACCAGAGACUGCUGGGCGUGAGCCCCCCGGCCUUUGGCAGCCCCCAGAAAGUCUACUCCAAAGUGUACACGGAUACACACACCCACACACACACCCACUGCCACGCUCACAUAGACAGCAAGAUCCACCAACAUUUCCACUACCAGUGCUGAUGAACGCCCCCUGGUCCUUUCCUCGUGCCCCUGCUGCUCCCCAACCCGCGUGGCCUUGCAAUGCUCAACUCCAGCUGAGCCACAGAGUUUACAUAGGAGGAGUACUCACCUGAGCGGUGAUGUCACACCUGGACAGCACCUGUCAUCAAGAGGCAAUGUGGAGAGUGUCAGAGGAGGGAAACACACUCACCUCUAUCUGCUUUAGAAAUACUCCCAUCAGUACAGAGCACAAGCAUACUGCCGUGUGUUUCCUUUUACUGUGUUACUGUGUUAUCCGCAGCGGAUUUUAAUAUUAGGAAAUCCCAUAUAAGCUUUAGUAAACUGGAAGCUGUGACUGUGAUGAAUCUGCUGAGGUCGAGCAGCAGUGCUGUUUACACUGUGUUGUGCCAGGAUCACACUGCGGUACGUCAGUGACACGGCUACCCGUAGGCUGAGAUCGCGCAGCGUGUGUGAGACAAGUCAGGGACUAAGUGUCAGAGGAUGAACUGAUAAGGGCCUCCUUUCUGUUUCUGUUUUCACAGAUGUUCUGUGUCUGGAAAACACAGUAUUCCCGAAAUUUUUGUACUGUUUGUGAUGAAAGCUGCCACAAAGACAUUUGUAAAAGAUAUGUGUAGAAAAAUGCGUAUGAUGUACGAUUCCCUUAAAGUGUGUAUUUUAUUUAAAAUGUCACGCUAUGUGUUUUUGUAUCUGCUGAUGUUACUUAUACGGCACGGCAGCACAGCAAAUGCCUGCUUCGUGUGAGAGAACGUGAGUUCGAUCCUUGCCUAGUCUCGGUGAUGAUUGUAUGUUCUCCUGUGUGUGCAUGGGUUUCCUUCCACACUCCAGAAUCAUGCAGUUCAGGUACAUCGGAGACACUAAAUUGUCCAUAGUGUGGGUAUGUUUGGCUACCUUGUGGUGGGCUGGCAUUCCAUCCAGGGUGUACCUCCCCUCAUGCCCAAUGCUUCUGGGAUAGGCUCCAGACCACUGCAACCCUGCUCAGGACAAGCAGUUAUUGAAAUUAGCUGAAUGGAUGAUAUUUGUUACCCAUGUGAAUGUGCUCAUGUUUCCUAAUAAGGUUUGAUGGAAAAUUACACCAGAGACCAAUAUAAAGGAUGGGCCCAGAAAUUAAACAGUUCAAAUGAUAUGUGAUAUAUAUUAAACUGAUGAUUUUAUGUUUAUAUACAGUAUUUAUUUUGUAUAUGCCCAUAUUAGGUCUUAAUUGCAAUAAUAAUCUUUGAUUAUUUCCAGCUGUUGGGCAAAUCUUUUUUUGUCUGGUUUUAAUUAAGUCCGGUUCCAGGUUCCAAGGUGACAGUUGUGUGUCCAAGUGUUACAAGUGGGUGUUAAACGCAUCUCAUUUCCAUUUAGUCCAGUUGUUGUGUUUAUACAGAAUCAUUCAGAAAUAUUUUUCUAAUAAAACUGGUCACUUUCUUUACUUUUUGGAGU